AUGACCAUUUAUGACAUACCCAGUAUUGUUCGUACUGCACUACCAUUAGCGGCAACUCCAAACAACAUUACAGCUGGAUUCCAAGUUUCCGGAAUUUAUCCAUUUAAUAGGGAUAUUUUUCCGGACAGUGAAUUUAUGGCUGCUUAUGUUACAGACAGACCAGAUCCUGAACAAGAUUUGCAAGAUAUUGAGCGAAACGUAAAUCCUGGUGAAGUAUUGGGAGUUGAAGCAAAUCUACCUGAACUUGGUCAAAUUACACCCAUCGAAGAGGCUUUAAACCAUGUCGACAACCCCUUGCCAGACCAAGAGACUAAUCCCAACGAAGACGUGCAACAAGCUGGACCAAGCAGAAUUGCAGAAAAUAAGACGCCCACGCCCCAGAAUUCUCAGUGUCUCCAGUCAUCUAACAAAGUAGCAUCAUGUAGUUUUACAGAUCUCGAAAAUUUGAAGCCGUUUCCAAAAGCCGCAGAAAGGAAAGUGCAACGGGGUCGCACAAAAAGAAAAUGUGAAAUCUUGACAGAUACGCCCAUCAAAGAUGCAUUAGAAGAAGAAAAAAAGAAAAUAAAACGAGAUCGAUAA